GUGUAUGGAUCACAAUAAUAAAUACUGAUGUAAAAUAGAAUAUUUAUCAUUUGUACUUUUAAUUUUAUAUAAAGUGUUAUAAGAAUAUUGACAAUGCAAUGCCGUAACAACAAAAGAACUACCCAGAAACGUAAAAUAACUCAUGCACCUUCACCUACUGCUGAGGAAGAAGUUGAGAAUGUGGAGUAUUUGGAUGAAUGUGUCACGGACGAAAUCGAAGAAGUUAGUGGAAGUGCACACAACAAUCUCCCACAGGGAUUUAUUAAAUCGGAAACUGCGUUUGAGGAUACAUUUUAUCCAAAUGCUGUUCACUGCCUUAUAGCUCUUUACCGCGAUAAAUAUGAAAGGAAUAUGAAAGAUCCUAAAGAAAUUCAAAGUAUAUACGAAAGCGUCUGGGAAGCCAUUUCUAAAGAUAUGCGCGAGAGCUAUUUUGAGUUUGACGCUCAACAAGUGCGCCACAAGUUCACACAGCUUCGUCAACAAUAUUUUAAUGUUUCCUCCAAAAAGGAAGCAGAAGAAUUUGUUUUCUUUCAACCACUACACGAAAUUUAUAAUGAUAAAUUAAUUGCAAUUAAGGUGAAUAAUGAAAAGUUCUCUUCACGUAAAAGUAAACACAUACGGAUAUAUCGAGAUGAUGUACUCUUCAACUCACGUAUUGAAACUGAGACGCGUGCCACUGAAGAAAGGCCACAACAAACAGAAGAAAUCAUAGAAAAAGGCCCGAACAGACUAGUAGAUUGUGAUGUUGAUUCACUAGUUACAAAGGAUAAGAAUGAACAAAGCGAAUUAAACGAAAUUCCGGUCAUAAAUUUGGAAUACUCAAAGAGAAGGAUUCCUGAUACAGAAUCCGACGAGAUAUCAAAUUCAAAACGGAAAACAGACGAUUUCAAUAGUGAAAGGCUUAAUAUGACACUUGCAGAUUACAAUGAAGCUCAACAGCGAAGGCAUGAAGAAAAAAUGAGCUUGUUGAGGCAAACACUUUUAUUACAAGAACGAGCUUUAGAUAUACAGAAUAAACUGUUGGAUGAAAUUGUUAAGAGAAUCAAAUGAACUCCAAGUAUCCUACAAUCUCAUUGCGAAACUAUGUAGAAUUCUUUCAAAUAAAUAGAUCUCAAUAGUA